UUUACAACUUCCUUUUUGUUUUCCCAUCUUUUCUGCCUUCAAUUCUGGAUGUGCAAUGAAAGCAGGAAAUAUCACAAACUAUGUCAAGGCAUAAAUUUGUUGAGUUUGGCUUGCCUUCAGAUCCUCGUGCAAGGCAAGCCGAACUCAAAUCUUAUCUGGGGAUGUGAUUGACUAAUUGUGUUGAGUUUGCGUGAGGAGUUUUAUGUGGUUGGUGGACAAAACUCAAUGGCAGAGAGGGGAGACCAAUCACAAUUUAGGUCUGAAAUUUGGUGUGAUUUUAUUUUAUUUUUUUUAAUUUUUUUAUAUUCUUUUAUUAUAUUUUGGCUAACCUGAUUACCUAACUAUUUAGUGUUGAACUUGAAUAUAACCAUACAACCAGAAAAGAAAAGAAAACCUGGAAAUAGAAACUCUAGACCCUAGGGAAACAAGGGAGUCAUUCGUAUCCAGCGGACCCAGCAGGGCAAUUCUUAGUUAUUUACUAUGUUCCUCUCCUUUUUAACAACAUUUUGCCUUCUACUCCGUUUUAAAGCAUUCUUACGAGGACAGUUUUUCUUCAAAUUUGUUCUUGAAUUCAGUUAUUAAAUUUGAUAUUUGUUUUUAGAGCUUGUAAAAUGCAUUCGAGAAUCGCAUGUUUUGUUGCUCUAAUUAAAAAUAAAUAUGAAAAUGUCAGUUCGGAUGAACUCUUUUAAGCCAAUUUGGAAGAAUUUUUUUUAAAAAAUGUUAGUUUACUAAGAGUGUUGCGAGGAGUACUAUAAUUUUUAUUACAAGUUUUUUAUAAACUGAAGUAGUAGUUUACGGGGCAUUUAUUACGUCAGUCUUUAAACAAUUAAAUUUACUUAUCAAAUUACGAAAUUCUUUUAAAAUUACUUUUUACCUCUAAAAAAUAAUUUUUUUUAAAAUAAAAUUUGUCCUCUAAACCUAAAAUUCUAAUUCGGCCUUUGUUCACAUCUGUUACUAGAUAUCUCUGUAUCAUCAGGACUCAUCCCUACCCAAAAGCCAAAGCUAUGAACAUUUGUCAUCAGGAGACAAACACGUGGCCUCACGUGGCUAACGUGGCACUGUUCUUCCUGUCUCUUUUGCAACCAUUGUCGACACUUGUAAAAUCCCAGUUACAUGCAAAAAUUGCACUCUUCUUCUGCACCGUCAUACAUUUUCCAUUUAAAAAAAGCUCAAUUGCUUAAUUUGUUAUUGCAUCAUGCAAAGCUAGAAUUUCCAGAGUUUCAUAGUUUAAUUAAAAUGGCUGAAAUACGAGAUGAGUACGGCAACCCAAUACAGCUUACUGAUGAACAUGGCAACCCUGUCCAAUUAUCCGAUGAAUAUGGCAACCCCAUGCACCUCACUGGUGUCGUCACCACCACUGUCGAGCCCGAAAAGCUCGCUGCAACGGAUAAGGAAACCACUCCGGUCACUGGGACUGCUGCUCCUACCGGUGCCGGAGAGCAUGUACAGCAGCAGCAGCAUGAAGAGUAUAAGCGGUCCAGUAGCUCCUGCUCGUCCGAGGAUGAAGGAAAAGGUGGGGAAGGAGGAGAAGGUAGAAGAAGGAAGAAGAAGGGAUUAAAGGAGAAAAUAAAGGAGAAGUUGAGUGGUGGGAAGCAAAAGGACGAGAAUUCACAGACCACGACCACGAGUAGUGUUUAUACCCCAAACAUAACCACUUCAUCCACUAGUCCUGGUUCUCAACACCAUGAUCAUGAGAAGAAAAGUGUGAUGGAGAAGAUCAAAGAUAUAUUGCCUGGCCACCAUAGCAGUGCUUAAACCUCACCUCUCUAUAUAUGUAUAUAUAUAUGUGCGUGUGUGCCUGUAUGAUCUGUUGUCUGUAAAAGCUUGUUUCUUGUCGAUCGAUCGAGGUGUUCAUGUGCCUCUUGGUGUAGAUUUGCUUUGAGUUUGUGUCAAUGCUUUAAUUUAUAGGGUACGUAGUGCAUGCAUGUAUUAAGAAAUUUCACCAUCUUUUUUGUUUACAAAUAAAAGUUUGGUCGACUUUGAAA